AUGCGCUACUCCACCUCCGCAAUCACUCUUCUCCUCGCCUUGACCGGCUCCACUCUGGCGCAGCAGACAACCGCAGCACCAAGCACUGGCUCUUCAUCCACGAAGCAAUGCGCAGCCCAAAACAUCGUCGACGCCUGUCUUGAGUCCAUGAAGCCCCAGCUCGACGCCUGCGGCCCGAACGAUUGGAAAUGCCUCUGUGAACAGAGCAUCAAUGUUCUGACAUGCUACAACAACUGCCCCGGACACCCCGACAGCUUCGGCGCCGAACAGAGCAAAACGUCCUACUGCAAUGCGGCCCAGGCUUACUCGCCUUCGAGCACUUCGACGACCGGCACGGCUACCAGGGCGUCUUCUGCGACCCAGACAACGGAGACGGCGGCUACCACGACCACCACCUCGUCUGGAUUUUCCCCUACCCCGUCUGGUGCGGCUGCGGGGUUGGCUGUUGAGGGUGGAAGUGUGUUGGCUGCUAUCUUGGCUGGGUUUGUUGCCUUGUAA